GCAUUUCUGUGUGACCACCACAGCUGAGCCUACCACUUUAUCCCCUCAUGAGUCUCUGCAGUCAUGCCUCUGUUCCCAGAGUGAAUUAGAGAGAACGUUAAAAACCACAGACUGUGUUCGCACUUUUGUGUACAUGUAGGUGCUUUAUAGCAUUUUACCAAAUGGGAGGGUGACUCUUAUAAAUCAAAAUAGCAUAUUCUUGUCAACGUCACAAUGAUUAGGGAAUCGGCGAGUAGUUGUGACAGGUGUGUGUGUGUUUGUCUUAAGCAGUUGUAUAAAGUAAUAUAUAAAUAUGUUUUUCAUCUCGUAAGCAAGUUUACAUUUGCCUAAACAAUUAACUGUCUCUCUGUCUGUCUGUCUACAUGGCCAUGUCCCUCCCUUGUUAGUUACACUUGUCCCUCAUUAGAGUAUAUAUACAUGUGUAUAUAUAAGUCCUUCUGUGGUAGUCGUCACUUGUCGGUGUUCAACCCAGUGUGUGCUGCUUUAUUCAGCUCCCCUGAUGUCUUUAGAGUGCGUUAUUUGCUUUUGGCUCGUUUUCGAUGUGUUGUGCUUCACGUUUUACUAUCGCGUUUUGUUACGUGUCAAAAUAAAAGUCUGGUUUCGUUUGAACGCCACUGACUCUGCAUCCUGCCUCGCCUCCCAGCGUCACACUAUAGUUUAAACGUAGUGAACGUAUAGAACAUUUUGGUACAAAUGUCUUUCAUAAGCAGACGAUCAUGCCCAGUCUGCAUUUUUAAAAUGUUUAUGAAAAUGGAAAUCAAUAGACAGCAUCAGUUUAUCAAAUGUCUGAGGAGUCAUAGUGGCAUAUGCGGGUCACAGCAUUAUAAUCAAAAUGCUUUGUGACGGUGGUGCAUCUGUCAGCGCCAUUGAUAUGGAUGGCCAGUCUCCCUUGUUACUGGCAGCACGGAGAAGUCAUUCACGAGCAUGCCAGCAGCUGCUGCACUGUGGGGCUUCCAGCACUUCCCAAGACAAACAAAAUAAGACUGCGCUCAUCUUGGCCUGUGAGCACCCUUGUCGCGACGUAGUGGAGGUCUUGCUGAAGAAUAAGGCCGACGUUACUGCUGUGGACGUCCAUGGUCACGACCCUUACCACUAUGCUCGAUUAAGCGAGGACCAAGCCCUGAUCGCCAUGGUCGGACAAGCCUGGGAGACGGCAUGCCAGGCUAAAGAGGCUGACAAUACUGCACAGAAGAUACAGCUACAGAGGUCACUGUACACUGAAGCGCAGCCUCAUAUGAGGAAGUUGACUGCACAUGCUGCCAAAGCCUCAUCCUCUGGCAUCAACGGGGCCAGCACAGAAGUGUCGAAACAGGAAAACGGAUCAGCACACGAGUCGGCGAUAGAGCGUGGUAGCCUCUCCACAGAUGGAGCAGAGGAGAGGAGGAGUCCUCAUUUAGAGUCUGCGCAGGCUCAACACCCAGCAGCUCCUGUUUCACUCAGAUCAGCACUCAGACUGGCAAAGAUGCAAACUGGGGAGGUGGAGCCCUUGAGGCGGGAGCUGCAGGAGGCAUGGCGUCGGCAGGAGGCGGCCCAGGGGGAGGUGCUGAAGCUGGAGUCAGUUCUGGCCAGGCAGGUCCAUGACUAUGAGGCGCUAAAGCGGGACAGAGAGCUGGCCCUGCAGGAGGCUCACGGUCGGGCCUGGGAGUUGGAGGAGGCCCUGAGGGAGGUGCAGCGCAGGAUGGCGGGCUCGGAGGCCAGGGUACGGCAGAUGCAGGCCCACCUGGUGUCUGUGCGGGAGAACCUGGUGGAGGAUCUCAGAACGCAGCGGCACGAGGCCAGAGCCCACAGGGAGGCGACUGUGGCCAAGAUGGAGGAGGCCCGGGAGGAGCUCGGGCAGAGCCGCAGGGAGCUGGAGGAGCAGCGUGCACGGCGGGACGAGCUGCUGCAGGAAGUGCACAAACUCACCAAAGACCUGCAGAGGAGAGACGAGCACAGCGAGGCGCUGAAGGUGAGCCUGGCCACCGUGCAGGCCAAGAGAGCUGAAGUGGCGUGCAAGGAGGUACAAACCUCCUCAGAAUGGCAGCCUGCGUCUCCGAAGACCGCAGACCUCGCUAACGGGAUUCUCCGGCAGGAGGCAGUCAGGAAGGACUGCAUCAGCCUGGAGGAGCGCGAGGCGGCGAGGAGCUCUCUCGGCACAGCCCUCCGGCAGGCAGAGGCGCGCGCCACGGAGGCGCUGCGGCAGCAGCAGCGAGCUGAGGAGGAGAACCGAGACCUCCUCGCUGAGCUGCAGGAGCAGAAGGCCGAACUGGACGUCUUGCAGGAGGCGCUGCAGGCAAGAUUUGUGCCGGCGGCCCUGCUGGAGGAGAAGGAGAGGGAGCUGGCCCAGCUCAGGCUGAUCAUUAAAGAGAUGGAGAGCGAGCAGAGGGACCAACACGCUGGGGAGACCCCGAGGCAGUGGGAGGCAGGCAGGCGACCAGACACAGCUCAGUCUCACCCAGAACGAGUGGACAAUAAGGAUUCACAGGCUGCUGGAACCCCGCAGGACAGUACGAAGCCAACUAGCCAAACCAGUGAGUUCCCCAUUAGUGCCGAGUGCACUGAGUCCUCCGCCAGUGCUGGCCAGGAGAGAAUAUUGGCAGACCCUCCUGAAGGACAAGACAAGGGUCUGGAGGAUGUGGUGGAGGCACAGGGCCAAAGGGAGACUCAAAGCAGCUCAUCAGAGCCUCGCUGCCCCUGCCAUGCCACACAUUCUGACUGCGCCGCCCUACUGACACACAUUAACCGCCUGCAGCAACAACUAGAGAACUCCGGAAGCCGUUAUAGGCAGGUUCUUUCUAUGUAUCGUACACGUCUUCUGAGUGCAGCUCAGGGCUACAUGGAUGAGGAGGCCAGAGAGGCGCUGCUUCAGAUUGCCCAGAUCAGACAGGAGUGUGUGUAUUGAUCUAUGAGUGUGAGUGUGAGAGAGAUUUACAGACCAAUGCUGAUAAGGUCCUCUGGAUAAAUUUUUAAGCCAUAUGUGGAACAUCGCGCUGAACUUUUCUGUUUGAACAUCACACCUUCUAGAUUGUGGUCAUGGCCUAAUGUGGCCAGUAGUCGUUCAGAAACUUUAAUGUACUUUAAUUAUGAAAGUGUUUUAUAUACAUCCUGUCAUAAUACAUAAAUGUAUAGAACAAUUGUAAUUUUAAUAAUAUAUUUAGCCAUGGGUAUAAAUCAAUUUCUACUCUUGAUAAUAGUUUGGCAUAACUAAUGGAGGUUCUUUUAAAUGCCUUUGAUAACCUGCCUGUUUUUUUUUUUUUUAUUUGUUUGCGUGUUUUUAAAAAGCACGUGAUCCUUCAGCUCUGGCUCUGAAGUGUGGUUCAGGCUUCUGCAUCAAGAGACUGAUGGGAUUUGUCAUGUUUAUUUUUUUUUGUCUGACAUAGAAACUCUACUGCCCUCUUGUGGCUAGUGGUGAAAACCAGUUUGCUUUCUGUUAAGAUAAUUUACAUUACAUAGAGAAAUGCUUGUGGAUUUUAUAUAAAUGUCCUGCUGUAAAACUCACUUUCAUGAGCAAAUAAAGUCUCAAACCUGA